UCUUUUUUUUCCGCGGGUUCAGGAGUUCGGGAGACCUCCACGCGGUCGCGCUCCGUGAUCCAAAUAACUAUUCAUGUAUUUUCUUAUAAUUAUAAAAUAUAUUGUUUUAUCGUUUAGAAUGAAAGACUAUUAUUUUUAUUAUGUGCAAAACUAAAGAAGACGGAGAUUUGUACAUGGCACGAGUCGAUAUGCGUAACUACCUGCUAUGUCUGCGAACUACUACGUACUAUUUCUAUUAAAGUCACAAUCAACAAAUUCCAAAAUAAGAUGAGCUUAGGCUCGUACUUCAUGUUGUAGCUUUGGUGAAAAUGCAAAAAUUGCAUGCAUUCGCUUCUCCAGGGAUGCAACACUUGCAUGCAUCUACAUGGAUGCACCAAUCACGAGACUUUCGCUUGGCUCCUCUAGAGCGUGCAGACGUUGUCCAUUGGAUGUUAAUCUAAGGGCAUAGAAAAAAGUGACUGAGUUGAGGCACCUGACAUAUAGGUGCUCCUUUUUCUUUUACGGGUUGAGCAAUGUUUUAGAGAUAAUGGGCAUUCGGCAACAAAGCUGCGUCUCGCUACCCAUAUGUCUUUUCUUUUCCUUUCGUUUUUUAUUGCGUUUCCUACAAGCUGGGCAUCUUAUAAGCAACAAAAAGAAAAAGAACAGGCUAGGCAUCCUUUUGACAAUCAAUCCGCAGCUGAUUUUGGGAACAUGAUUGCGUGGGUAAAGCAAAGCACACCUGUACAGCGCCAAAGUAAGAGAAAGAAAAAAAAGGGUAUCGUGCUAAGCAGCUGAUCAUUGCUCCAUCUCCUUUCUUUAAAUCAUUGCUUGAUGCAGCCAGAUCGUCCCUCGCAGCAACAAAACAUUGCCCCGACGCGGCGCCUAGCUAGGGGCCGGAGUUCCCUUCAUUGCUGGUAAUUAAAUCACACUCAAAGUUGUAGUGAUUUUUUUAUGUUAUUGCUUACCCUGGUUGCUGGUUUUUUCUAAUGCUUGAUGAGAUCCUGCUUCAUCUUUUCCCUCUUCUUGUUCAGUUUCCAUAAGACCGGCCCCCUCUGUUCUGCUUCGUUCCAAACAAAUUAAGGAGCCGGCAUAUAUAAGCCUCGAAUAAUUAUCAAAUCUCUGACAUUUACAUAGAGACCGCUUGAUUGGCAUUUCAGCUAGCUAGAUCGAUGGGUGUGGGAUACCUGACAGUUCAGGAAUGCAACUCUGAUGAAAGGAAGAUCUUCUCUAAGCACUUCACUAGGGUGAUGUUCCGAGUCAAUGCCCUCCUUGUGGUGAACGCCAUCCUGAUGGGAGUCAUGGUUGUCCUAGGUGCAUACGGUCGCUAUCGCCGCCAUCCAUUGACCCGCUACAUUUUCUUGGGUGCCACUGCAUUGUUCAUUCCCAUAAUCUCCUAUGUCCUAUCUGACAUUGGUAAUCAGAAUGGCCUUAUCCUUUUUGCCGAUGGAGAAAAGAUAGUAGGCCGCAUGUGCAAUGCAAGUACCCACAUGAAUCUAGUCUUAAUAUGGACUGGUCUUGUUCAAAUGGUUGGUAUCAGCACCACUUUGGUAGUGGUCAGUGAUCCUAGAGAAGGGCGAAACAUUGGUCCAUCUGUGGCACUACUUGUGCAAGCAAUGUGGACUUCCUACCUGAUGGUCUAUAACACAAGGUUGGAUUAUUAUACAUCCAUCGACCUGGGAGGUACUACUACUGAUACCUACAUCAAGUGGUCUCUGGUAAAUGUAUUUUCUCCAACAGGAUUGGUGAUUGUCCCACCAUUUGCUCUCACCUUUGCAAAAUUACUUUUCAAGUGUUUUGUGUGGCACAAGGCCAGAAAAUCACUAGCAAUUGGAUGCAAUCCCCGUCUUAUUGUUGGAUACAUGGAGCAGCUACAUGACGCCGACAUGACAAAUGAUUAUGGGGAUAUACCUCCUCCACUAAUAGUAAUGGGCGAAGACACAAUAUCUGUGGAUAAGGAGCCUCAUGGUUAUAGCUUUGCACUUAUCCCCAAUAGAGGCGGCUUAGUGACCCUUGACAAAGUUUGGCAGCUGGAUGACAUGCAUGAUCUCAAGUUGACAUCACAUCUCAAAGAUGUAUGCCUCUCCUUCGCACUGUCCAAGCUUUUAAGGUGUCGGUUCGCCAGGUACACAAAUGCUAAGACUGGCUUCACCAAAGCUUCUAGCUUUUUACGGAAUAUGUUACUCGAGGAUAGCAAUGAUGAGAGGGUACUUCAACUGAUUGAAUAUGAGCUUUCUUUUCUUCAUGAUGUUUAUUUUUCAUCACUGGUAAUCACAUAUUCAGAGAGCAGGAUGCCCAUACUAAGCAUAUUGAUUUCACUCUCAGGCAUCGGCUACUGCUUACUUUUUACUAUGGCCAGAGUAUAUCUUCCAUUUAUUUUGGCAGAUCGAUCAACUGCAUCUUCCGAGCUGAUAUCUUGCUUGUAUCGGUGCCUUCAAUUCGAGGGAGAACAGCAAGGUACCACAACACACCUACGCGGUCAGGACUUUGGAAGUCCAGCAUUUGACCUUGUACCGAUUGUUGUACUUGUUGCACUCGUUGUGCUUGCUGAGAUAAGAGAGAUUGCUUUUUACGUUUGUUCUAACUGGACAAAAGUAGCCCUAAUCUGCGCCCACAUAAACCAUCCUUCUUGGCAGCAAUCUCCUAUCAUGCAGAAAUGUAUCAGGCAUGUGUUGCAGUGUAGAUGCAAGAUAUUAAACCAUUGGGAAGACACGAUGAACCAAUGUUCAAUACUGGUGCUACACCCAAGGAAUACUCCAAUGGGUCUGCUUCGUCGUCUUAAACCUGGUCAGAAGGUCAAGGUGCCAAGGGCGGUGAAAGCUGGUAUCAUGAAUGCAUUGAGAAGCUAUGAGAGAAGCAGAAACAAUAACCGCAUGCCAUCUCUGUGCCCGAGGCCGCAGUUGAAGACCGGCGACAACCUCCUUUGGGUGGUCGAUGGCACAAAAGGUAUAGCCAAGACCAUUCUUGUGUGCCACAUCGCCACAAGCAUUCUUGAACUCAGGUCAGCUGGAUCAUGUCAACCUCUCUCUGACCAUAAGACCGCUGCCAUUCACCUGUCCCGGUAUUGCGCCUACCUGGUGGCCUACUCCCCUGAGCUGCUUCCAGAGGACGACGAGUGGUGCAAGAGCUUGUACAAGACCGUCAAGAAGAAGGCCAAGCACAUCCUCGCCGGCAUGCCAACACCUAAAGUGGAUUAUCAACCGUUGGUAGAGCUGAUGAGCGCCUCACAGAAUCAUGAGGUGCUCAAGGAUGGUGCCAAGCUCGGACAACAGUUGGCGGAGCUGAACCAAGGAGAGGCCAACACAGCGUGGGAGCUCCUCGCCGGCUUUUGGUCGGAGAUGAUGCUGUACAUCGCUCCAUCAGACAACAUUGACGGUCACUCGGAGGCCAUCGCCCGCGGCGGCGAGCUCAUAACGCUCGUAUGGGCAUUGCUCGCACACCUGGGGAUUUUCAGUAGAGCCGCCGGCGACCCGGCCAGCAUCACUGGCGAAAGUGUGUAGGUGUGUGUUACCUUUUGUGUGAUCCAUUUGUGUAUCUUCCCACGUUCCUGAUUUUCAUUUUUGACGUGUUGUGUUUGAGGUCAUGGCGGCCCCAGCCGAGUGUGUAUCCAGAAUUCAAAAUAUGCAUCCA